AUGCAGCAGUGGGGCGUCCCUGACAAGAUUAUCCGCCUCAUCAAGAAUCUGCACUCCAAGAGUUGGCUCAGCUACGGCGACCUGGACACUGCGAUCCACGUGCGCCUCGGCGGAAAGCAAGGUUGCAAAUACGGCAACGUCGCGUACUCGAUCGGCCUGCUGCUCCUCAGAGAUGCUCUCAUCAAGGCCGGCGUGGAGUUGAGUAUCCACGACCCUGGCCCAGACUUCCUCUUCUUUGGGGGUGGCCCCGCUGACGGCGACCUGGCGGGUAACGGGGAGGCAGGAUUUGUCCCCCCACCCUCGCCCGACACCGCGGUCCCUGUCAUUGACGUGGCCUUCGUUGAUGACGAGUGUCUGCUGCUGUGCGCCAAGACCCCGGUGAAGGUGCCUGGCUCCACCGACCACGUCACGGUCGUGCCCCAGUGCAAGCACUUCGGCGGCGUCACGGAAGCUGGCGGCAGCAAUGUCCACGAAGCCUGGGCUCGCGUCGUAUCAGCCGCUGAGGCGUACAGCCCGCUGGCAGUGCGCGUCUAUGGCAACGAGGCCUACACCGCGUCCGGUCGAGCGAUCGGGUGCGCCAAGAGGUGCUCCGACUUGGCGAACUCACUGCCCUCGCUGACGUUCGCCAUGCACCGCCAGAUUUUGUGCGUCAGCGUCUCCGGCUCCAGUGCGCAGCGUGGGCAGACCGCGCUGACGGCCUCCGAGCUCGACUCCACCAAGUGCCACUCCGUGAUCGUACUGUGCAUUUCAGGUCUGCUCCACGUGCUGGCCGUGCGCGCAUCCCAGCCCACGCCCAUGAGCGUGGCCAGGAUGAGGGCGGCGAUCAAGCUGCCGACGGAGUGGCUCGCCCUCCUCGAGGGCGUCGAGAACUUCUUCAAAGACGUGCGGGGCGAG